UACACCCAAUCAAAUACAACAUCAAAUAUCUGCAUAAAAAGGAGAUUUAAGGCCUGAAAACCAACAAAAUUUCGUCAUCUAUCUAUCCUUCCUAUAGAAGGAAAAGAAAUGGGGAUAGAUAUUAAACCAUCACUAUAUGAAGAUAAUUAUGAUCAGAAGACCAGCAACAGGAACACUACUUAUGUUGCUCAAGUUUUUGAUGUUGAUCAGCAAAUUACUCCAACCUCUGCUCAUACCAUAGACCAUGAUUCAUGGAAACAAGUGGGUUUGCUAAUGGUGACAAGCUUCAACUGUGGAUACAUAUUGAGUUUUUCAAACUUGAUGUUGGUUCCAUUAGGGUGGACAUGGGGGAUUAUAUGCUUGAUAGUGAUUGCUCUUUUCACUUUCUAUUCAAGCUGGUUAUUAGCAGGUUUUCAUCUCAUUGAUGGUCAAAGAUUCAUUAGAUACAGAGACUUGAUGGGGUUUGUGUUUGGUAGGAAAAUGUAUUAUGUGACAUGGAUCCUUCAGUUCUUUACCCUUGUUAUGGGAAACAUGGGUUUCAUCCUUCUAGGAGGAAGAGCACUGAAGGAAAUCAAUUCAGAGUUCAUCAAUGACCAUGGAGGGAUCACAUCAACAUUACCAUUAAGACUUCAGUAUUUCAUAAUAAUAACAGGAGCAGUAUACUUUGUAUUCGCAUUUAUGGUACCAACAAUAUCAGCGAUGAGAAGAUGGCUGGGAAUCUCAUUUAUCUUCACUUUCACUUACAUUGGCAUCCUCCUAGUCAUCCUGGUAAAAGAUGGGAACGCAGAUGAUUCCAGGAAUAACAGAAACUACAAGAUCAAGGGAAACCAAGUUGAUAAGGUAUUUAAUGCCUUUGGUGCGAUAGCUGCCAUCCUUGUUUGCAGUGCGCCAGCCUUGCUCCCAGAGAUACAGUCAACGUUGCGUAAUCCAGCAGUAAAGAACAUGAGGAAAGCCUUAUCCCUACAGUUCACAAUAGGGCUAGCAUUUUACUAUGGGGUGAGCAUUCUCGGAUAUUGGGCUUAUGGUUCUACGGUUUCUGAGUACCUUCCAAGAGAGCUUAGCGGACCUAAAUGGGCGAAAGUCGUCAUCAACGCUUUACAGUUUCUCCAGAGCAUCAUCUCUCAACAUAUGUUCAUCGCGCCGGUACAUGAAGCUCUAGAUACAAAGUACAUGAAACUGGAUGAAAGCAUGGACUCCAUGAGUAACGUCAAGCGUAGACUUAUCCUUCGCGCUGGUAUCUUUGCAGCAAACACUUUCAUAACGGCGGCAUUUCCAUUCAUGGGAGAUUUCGUGAACUUAUUUGGUUCUUUCACACUGUUUCCUCUUACUUUGGUGUUUCCAAGCAUGCUUUUCCUCAAGAUUAAAGGAAAGAAAGCUGGAAUAGGACACAAGGCGUGGCAUUGGGCAAACAUUAUUGUCUUUUCUUUAGUUGCUGUGGUUACAACUGCCUCCGCGGUCAAGUUGGUCGUGAACAAUGUCAAAGUGUAUCAUUUUUUUGCGGAUACUUGAAAGGAAAGUCAUUAAUAUUGGGUUGUGUUUGAUCGGAGUUAAUUCCAUAGAAUUAGUCUUCUUUCCAUGGAAAUAACGUGUUUUUCGUUAUUGUUUAAUUAAAAAUAUAUUUCUACUUAUAAAUAUAUAUAUAAUAAACAUUAUAUUGAUUAUUA